AUGCCAGCCCGCCGCAAUCCACCAGUUACUGCGGAGGGUCUACUCCACGACCUAUCCACUCAGAUGGAACGUUACUUAAGAUUUUUGGAAGUCGACGUCUCUUCAGCUAUUGCGGAAACCAACACAACCGUAGUGGAUUUUAUUUCACGUGGUGCCAGUUCACGCUUAUGGAUCCUACGCCUACGAACCAUCCUUCGAUGGUCUUCUCUGGCUUUGGAAGAGGAAGAAUGGCUACGAACGCAAGGAUUAGGCCGUGCACAUCCUGGGAGUCAGGUCCGCGGCGUGUGGUCGAUGCCGUCUUUCCUUCGCCACCUAGGGCGGUCGAACGACCAUAAUGCUUGUAGUGAUCUUCAACAGGGGCGAAAGCUUAGGAGGUUUGAGAUCGAGUUCGGUGAGGGAAUUGCACUUCUGUUCACCCCGGUCUUGCCUACUUUCCGCCGACUAUCCCUUACCGAAGAAGCCAAAGCCAUACAGCUUCUGAAAGCUAGCCAUGCCAACAUUCUUAUUGACGCACAACGGCUUCUACAUUUUAAGUCUAAGUAUCAAGCAUUGGUAGUUCCGCGUCCAAUACUACCGAUUCCCUAG